AUGCUAAAAGGCUUAUACUCCCCCCAAAAUACCAGCCUUUUUACAAAAAACGCGAGAAUUCGUGGAAAAGACGCGUUGUGUUUUGAGCACAACUUACAUAAUUCAAACGGGAAUACGAUAAACCAAGUCUCCUACAAUCAGCAGAGAUUUUUCGUAUCAUGGAAGUACAAUGAUCGAAGAGACAGCGACCGAAGGAAUAAAUACAGGUCACGAAGUGAUUUCGACCAUGAAAGAUAUAGCUCAAGGGAAAAUUUUGAACAUAAGUCAAGAGAGGAGGAGAAGGAUAUUUCUUACAAAAUCUGGCAUGCACCGAAAAAAGAUGACUACCGACGAACAGGAAUUCACGAGGGAACUGAAAGAGAGAACGACGACUAUGUAAGAGAAAGGUCUUCUAAAUCAUUUUACGGUUCCAAAUCAUCCGAAACAGAGGCAUACAAAAGGUACCAACAAGAGGAUUUUGAUGAAUUUGACAAAUACAAUCGAGAACCUAAGAAACGCGGCGUCGAUUUACAUCAGCGAGGUAGCGGAUUCUUUAAAGGUGUUUUUGAACCAUGGAAAAGUAAAGAAACUCAAUAUGAACGACCUAUAUAUGGUACAAGGGAUAGAACUCGACCCAAUUUAAGUGGGUCACAGGGAAAAAAUAUCAAAGGAUCUAUCGGAGAUUUCUUUAAUACAUCGGUAUCAAAAAAGCCUUUGGAUAUUCGAGAUAACGACACCUUAUCUAAUUCAACGAAAAAUAUUGAACCGCAGGAGUUAAGCGCCGCUUUUGAACGAGAAACUUUUGAACAAGAAGCCAGUUAUGAUGAAUCUCGUACGAGAAACUUUGCAGAUCGAUUAAGAUUGUCAAAGAUUGCUUUGAAGCGAAAAGGAGAUCAUGAUGAGAAUACUUCGGAAAAAGAUAGAGAUAAAGAAUUAAAAUCAGAAAGUCAAUUUAAUCAUGAAUUGAAUCAAAAUGAAAGAUAUCGCAGAAAUGAUGAUUACUAUUUAGAAGAGGAAAAUUAUAAAGAACGUGAUUAUAAUGAUGGUUUCAACAGAAACUACUCGUUCCCUCGUAGAGACGGUUAUGAUAAAAGGGAACUAUACGAACCUAGGGACAGAAAUUUUGGAAGGAGAGAUGAUCAUAUGGGCGGUAGUGGGAGAAAAAUGUUUGAAAACGUAAGACGAGAUCUUAAUCGAGCUGAACACGAGAGGGCUACGCUUGGUGAUCGAGACAUUCUAACAUGGGGAAAGUACCCAUCGAAAAGUAAGGAGUUAAGGGAUAGACGUUCUAAUCCUUUGACAAAGAAAAACUUGUAUAAGCACCCGUGGCCAAACUUAUUCCAGCGCCUUCAUGGCGUCCAGGACAAGACAAUUAUUCAUUUUGAAAACCUCCGAACAAAAAAACAGUACAGAUGGGAGCAACAAAAGGUUAUGGUUCAAGGGGAAGCGAAAAUUUUGGAUUUGGUAAAUAAGGGAUUUUAUGUUAAAAACCUCAUAGUGACAGCUCCGUAUAAACCCAAAACCAGAUACGAGAUUCAACCACCAGCUUUGGACUAUAUAGAAAAGCCCCCUUCAAUAAUGGCCGAAAAUUAUUAUCUUAUGAGCAUCGACAUGGUGCGUAAGAUUUUGGGGAGUGCAGCCAAACCCGAAAAGCAUGAACUCGUAGCCGAAUUUUCUUUUCCCACGAUAGAAUUUCCGCCAAAGGCUGAAAUUAACAGGAUAAUUGUGCUGGAAAAUGUGAAUGAUGCUUAUGAUCUUGGGAUGUUAAUUCGUUCCGCAAAAGCAAUGGGCUGGCAAGGAGUUUAUCUAAUAAAUAAAAGUGGCGAUGUAUAUAAUGAUUUUGUGCUAAGGACUUCGGAUUUUCAUA